AUGAUCGGAGGAGGAGACAAAAUGCCCACCGUGGGCACCCUAGACAAGCCUGAAAACCUCGACCAGCUCCUGCGCGAGGACCGCGGCGACGAUUGCACAUCGUGCAGGGUCAUUGGAGGCGGCGCAUUUCUCGGCCUUGCGGCAUACAACUACCUCUCCGGCAUGGGCCACGUCGAACGGCAACGCGCCGAGAUUCUCAAGUCGGGAUCUAGGUUCGGCAUGGGAAGCCGCAAGCUGGGCGUCGCUAGUAUCUCCAUUGGCCUGGCGUACCUUGGCCUGUGGAGGCUGUUCAAAUAG